AUGGAUUUCUUAUUUGGCUUGCCUAGGAUGCCAUCAAGAUAUGAUGGAAUUUGGAUAAUUGUUGAUAGGUUGAAUAAGGCGGCUAAGUUCGUAUCGAUAAAGGUCACUUUUACCCUAGACAAUCUGGCUAAGGUUUAUGUUGACAAAAUUUAUAGCUUUCCAUCUACAGACAGAUGGUUAGUCAGAAUGGACGAUUCAGACAUUAGAGGACAUGUUGAAGGCGUGUGUAGUGCAGUUCAAGGGAAGUUGGGAUACGCACUUGUCGUUUAUCGACUUUUCAAUGAGUUUGGAGAAAGGAAACUGAUAGGCCCUGAACUUGUUCAGCAGACAUCAAAUAGUGUUAAACUAAUCAGAGAAAAUCUUAAGAGAGCUCGAGACAGACAAAAGAGUUAUGCUGACAAGCGAAGAAGAGAAUUAGAGUUUGAGAUUGGUGAUAAGGUAUUCCUAAAGUUAUCUCCAUGGAAAGGAAUCCUUAGAUUUGGCAGGAAAGGGAAGUUGAGUCCAAGGUAUAUUGAAUUUUAUGAGAUAGUGGAGCGAGUUGGGCCAACAACUUACAGGUUAGCUUUACCUCCAGAACUAUCUCGCAUACAUGAUGUUUUCCAUGUAUCGAUGUUGAGGAAGUAUGUUCCAGAUCCCGCUCAUGUGUUACCAGAGCAAUUAGUGUAG